GAGCGCCUCUCUUUCCCCCGUCUGACUCGGUUCUCUACUGCUCCGAACAGCCGUUGUAUUGUGGGAUCGCGGCGCCGUGCCGGAGACGCUCGGAACCACAGGGGAGCCCGCUCACUAGCGCCUCCUGUUGUCCGUAAGGCUACCCUGCCAUUCCUCGGAGCCCAACUCCCUCCACCCCCCCAUCGCCUCCUCCUCCAUCCUCCAGUUCAAAAUGGCGGCGGCGGCAGCAGCGGCGGCGGCGAUGGCUCCUCCGGGCUGCCCGGGUUCGUGCCCCAACUUCGCCGUUGUCUGCUCUUUCCUGGAGCGCUACGGGCCGCUGCUCGACCUGCCUGAGUUGCCGUUUCCCGAGCUAGAGCGAGUGCUGCAGGCGCCGCCGCCGGACGUCGGCAGUGGAGAAGUACCAAAAGAAUUGGUGGAGCUCCAUUUGAAGUUAAUGAGGAAGAUUGGCAAAUCUGUUACAGCAGACAGAUGGGAAAAAUAUUUGAUCAAGAUAUGCCAAGAGUUUAAUAGCACCUGGGCAUGGGAGAUGGAGAAGAAGGGCUAUCUUGAAAUGAGUGUUGAAUGCAAACUAGCACUCCUAAAGUACCUCUGCGAGUGUCAGUUUGAUGACAAUCUCAAAUUCAAGAACAUUAUCAAUGAGGAGGAUGCUGAUACCAUGCGUCUCCAACCAAUUGGCCGAGACAAAGAUGGUCUCAUGUACUGGUACCAGUUGGACCAAGAUCAUAAUGUCAGAAUGUAUAUAGAAGAACAGGAUGAUCAAGAUGGCUCUUCAUGGAAAUGCAUUGUCAGAAAUCGAAACGAGUUGGCUGAGACUCUUGCCCUCCUGAAAGCACAGAUUGAUCCUGUGCUACUGAAAAACUCUAGCCAACAGGACAACUCUUCCCGGGAAAGUCCCAGCUUAGAGGAUGAGGAGACUAAAAAGGAGGAAGAAGCACCUAAACAAGAGGAACAGAAGGAAAAUGAAAAGAUGAAAAAUGAAGAGCAGCCAGUAGAUUCAGAAAACUGUUCUAUACCCAGUGCUCUAGAAGAGGCUACUGUGAAAAUAGAAAAAGAAGAUGAAAAGGAACUUGUCAAACUGCCGGUCAUAGUCAAGCUAGAAAAACCUUUGCCAGAAAGUGAGGAAAAAAGGAUUAUCAAAGAAGAAAGUGAUUCCUUCAAGGAAAAUGUCAAACCCACUAAAGUUGAAGUAAAGGAAUUUAGAGCAGAUCCUAAAGAUAUCAAAGGUAGCAUGGAGAAACUAGAGCCAGAGAGGCUAGAGUUUGGUGGCAAUGUUAGGUCUUCUCAAGAAAUCACUGAGAAGUCUACUGAAGAAACCGAGAAACUUAAAAAUGACCAGCAGGCUAAGAUACCACUGAAAAAACGAGAAAUUAAACUGAGUGAUGAUUUUGACAGUCCAAUCAAAGGACCUUUGUGUAAAUCAGUUACUCCAACAAAAGAGUUUUUGAAGGAUGAAAUAAAACAAGAGGAAGAGACUUGUAAAAGGAUCUCUACAAUCACUAUUUUGGGUCAUGAAGGGAAACAACUGGUAAAUGGAGAACUUAGUGAUGAAAAGGUAACUCCAUAUUUUAAGACAGAACAAAUGGAGACAAGAUUUUAUGAUACAAAAGAAGAUAGCUGUAGCCCCUCUAAAGACAGAAGUGUCAUUGUUGAGGGAAAUGGAGCAGAGUCCUUAAAUUCUGUCCUACCAAAUAUGAAAACAGGUGAUCUUGAGAAGGAGGUGGUCCCUGUAGAGAAAGAUGCAGACAGUUCAAUAUCAGUCUUAGAAUCCCAAAAUCAAAAAGGGCAAUUGGAGGAAACUGGUCCUGCGGAAAUGGAAAUCUCUCUUGAGACUCCUGAGAUGGCCAAGGAUCUCUCUUUGAAAACUGCAUUAUCUGCUCCUGAAUCUUGUACUCUGAAAGUUGACGAGAAGUCUCCCCAAAGUAAAAAAGAUAAGCGCCCACAAGUUCUAGAAUGUCUUGAAAAGUUAGAGAAGUCCAAAAAGACUUCUCUUGAUAAGGACACACAAAGAUUGAGUCCAAUACCAGAGGAGGUUCCAAAGCAUACUCUAGAUUCAGUAAAGCCAGUCUCUCCUGAGGCAGCUGAAACUUCGGCACCAUCUAACAUGACUGACCACUGUGAGAAGUUAGCCUCCGAAAAGGAAGUGGUGAAAUGUCAGAGCACAAAUUCUGCUGAAGGUCAGCCCCUAGAAAAAUCAGACCCAGAAAUUCUAAAAAAAGAUUCUGAAUCCACCAAGGUAGAAACAGAUCAUCUGGGCAAUGCCCAGACCUCGGGCACAGAGGAUCCUUCUGAGACAAAGGGUUCUAUGCAAAAAAGCAAAUUUAAAUAUAAGCUGGUUCCUGAAGAAGAAACCGCUGCCUCAGAAAACACAGAGAUAACCUCUGAAAGGCAGAAAGAGGGCAUCAAAUUAACAAUUAGGAUAUCCAGUAGGAAGAAGAAGCCAGAUUCCCCUCCCCAAGUUCUAGAACCAGAAACCAAGCAAGAGAAGACAGAAAAGGAAGAAGAGAAAACAAAUGUAGGUCGAACUUUAAGGAGGUCUCCAAGAAUAUCUAGACCCACAGCAAAAGUGGCUGAGAUCAGAGACCAGAAGGCUGAUAAAAAAAGAGGGGAAGGAGAAGAUGAAGUGGAUGAAGAGUCAGCAGCUUUGCAGAAAGCAGACAAAAAAGAAAACUUGAAAAAACCGGAGAAGGAUACGAAUUCUAAAGUAAGCAAGGUAAAACCCAAAGGCAAAGUUCGAUGGACUGGUUCUCGAACACGUGGCAGGUGGAAAUACUCUAGCAAUGACGAAAGUGAAGGGUCAGACAGUGAAAAAUCAUCUGCAGCUUCAGAGGAAGAGGAAGAAAAGGAAAGCGAAGAAGCCAUCCUAGCUGAUGAUGAUGAACCAUGCAAAAAAUGUGGCCUUCCAAACCAUCCUGAGCUGAUUCUUCUGUGUGACUCUUGUGACAGUGGGUACCACACUGCCUGCCUUCGCCCUCCUCUGAUGAUCAUCCCAGAUGGAGAAUGGUUCUGCCCCCCUUGCCAACACAAACUACUGUGUGAGAAAUUAGAAGAACAAUUGCAGGACUUGGAUGUUGCCUUAAAGAAGAAGGAACGUGCUGAACGCAGGAAAGAACGUUUGGUGUAUGUGGGUAUCAGUAUUGAAAACAUCAUUCCUCCACAAGAGCCAGAUUUUUCUGAAGAUCAUGAAGAAAAGAAAAAAGAUUCAAAAAAAUCCAAAGCAAACUUACUUGAAAGGAGAUCAACAAGAACACGCAAAUGUAUAAGUUACAGAUUUGAUGAAUUUGAUGAAGCAAUCGAUGAAGCUAUAGAAGAUGAUAUCAAAGAAGCUGAUGGAGGAGGAGCUGGCCGAGGAAAAGAUAUCUCCACCAUCACAGGUCACCGUGGGAAAGACAUCUCUACUAUUUUGGAUGAAGAAAGAAAAGAAAAUAAACGACCCCAGAGGGCAGCUGCUGCACGCCGGAAGAAACGCCGGCGCCUAAAUGAUCUGGACAGUGACAGCAACCUGGAUGAAGAAGAGAGUGAGGAUGAAUUCAAGAUCAGCGACGGAUCUCAAGAUGAGUUUGUUGUAUCUGAUGAAAACCCAGAUGAAAGUGAAGAAGACCCACCAUCUAAUGAUGACAGCGACACUGACUUCUGUAGCCGGAGACUGAGGCGACAUCCCUCCCGGCCAAUGAGGCAAAGCAGGCGUUUGCGAAGAAAGACCCCAAAGAAAAAGUACUCUGAUGAUGAUGAAGAGGAGGAGUCUGAGGAGAACAGUAGAGACUCUGAAAGUGAUUUUAGCGAUGAUUUUAGUGAUGAUUUUGUAGAAACUCGGCGGAGGCGGUCAAGGAGGAACCAGAAAAGACAAAUUAACUACAAAGAAGAUUCCGAAAGUGAUGGUUCCCAGAAGAGUUUACGACGUGGGAAAGAAAUCAGACGAGUUCACAAGCGUAGGCUUUCCAGCUCAGAGAGUGAAGAGAGCUAUAUGUCCAAGAACUCUGAAGAUGAUGAGCUAGCUAAAGAAUCAAAGCGGUCAGUUCGCAAGCGAGGUCGAAGCACAGAUGAGUAUUCAGAAGCAGAUGAGGAAGAAGGAAAACCAUCUCGAAAACGGCUACACCGGAUUGAGACAGACGAGGAGGAGAGUUGUGACAAUGCUCAUGGAGAUGCAGAUCAGCCUGCCCAUGACAGCCAGCCCAGGGUCCUGCCCGCAGAACAGGAGAGCACCAAGAAGCCCUAUCGGAUAGACAGCGAUGAGGAAGAGGACUUUGAAAAUGUAGGCAAGGUGGGGAGCCCUUUGGACUAUAGCUUAGUGGACUUGCCUUCCACCAAUGGACAGAGUCCUGGCAAAGCCAUUGAGAACUUGAUUGGCAAGCCAGCUGAGAAGCCUCAGACCCCCAAGGACAACAGCACAGCCAGUGCGAGCCUGGCCCCCAAUGGGACAAAUGGUGGGCAGGAGGCAGGGGCACCAGAAGAAGAGGAAGAUGAGCUUUUAAGAGUGACUGACCUUGUUGAUUAUGUCUGUAACAGUGAACAGUUAUAAGACUUUUUUUCCAUUUUUGUGCUAAUUUAUUCCACGGUAGCUCUCACACCAGCGGGCCAGUUAUUAAAAGCUGUUUUAUUUUUCCUAGAAAACUCCACUACAGAAUGACUUUUUAGAAGAAGAAUUUCAACAAACCCUGAAGUCUUUCUGUGAAGUGACCAGUUUUGAACUUUGAAGAUAAAUAAUUGCUGUAAAUUCCUUUUGAUUUUCUUUGUCCAAGUUCAUGGUCCUUGGUAAUUUCAUUCAUGGAAAAAAUCUUAUUAUAAUAACAACAAAGAUUUGUAUAUUUUUGACUUUAUAUUUCCUGAGCUCUCCUGACUUUGUGAAAAAGGGUGGAUAAGAAUGCAUUCCGAAUCUGUGAGGGCCCAAAACAGAAUUAGGGGUGGGAGAAAGCACUUGUGCUUUAGCUUUUUCAUAUUAAAUAUAUAUUAUAUUUAAACAUUCAUGGCAUAGAUGAUGAUGAACAGACUGUUUAAAAGUUCCAGUCUGUAUUGUUGCAGUUUGAGAACUGUAGAUAACAUCAUACAUAAGUCAUUCAGUAACAGCAUUCAUGAUAUCAACUUGUUUACUAUUGGAGAUAACCACACUUAAUAAAGAAGAGAUGGAGAAAGCACCAUCAUUAAAAACUCUAACCUGAGUUUCUGUUAUAGCGGAGUUUCUUGUUUUGAAAAAAAUCAUCUGAAAAACAUUUGUACAGUAAAAUGUAUAAUGAAGCUUUGACAACCAGAUUGUGCUAGCAGCAAAUUUUUUUUAAGCAGCUUUAUGCAGUGGUGAUGAGGUGGCCUCGAAUAUCUUAUCAAUGGAGAGUUACUAGUGAAAUAAGCACGGUCUUUCUUUAGGCCGAGGUGGACUGUAAACUUUUUAGCAAGUAUAACUCUUAUCUUCCGGCCACUUACUAUUUAAAUAUCUGAAAUAUCCCAUUUGGAAAGAAAAACAUCUAUACAUAACAUACAUGAAGAGAUGCUAAGCUAACAGCGGUAUUUUAGCACAUUUGAUGACGGGGAAAGGAUUUUCAGGUGAAUUUUAACUGGUCUAUUCUUGCCCUUAGUAUCUACUUCAAAUUGAAGUCUACAAACAAAGCAGUUCCUUUGGGAGGUUUUUAGUUUGAGUUUUAGCAUGUAUGUGUGUGUAUAUGUGUGUGUAUGUGUGUGCGUUGGAAUUUCCUAUCUGCCUGGAUAUAUUAGCAGGGUUUGAAUGUAGUUUUGGCCUUUGGCCAUUAGACUUCUAUUAAAAUUCAUUAAUAGUCACACGACCAACCUAGAGUUGAUUGAGAACCGCCAAUAUACUUAAUGGGCAUGACAUCCAUUUCAAACAUCUCAACACUUUAAUGAAAGAUAAGCCCUUUGUUUCAAGAAAAAGGGGUUUAUAACUAAAUAUCUAACAUGUAAUUGACACUAAAAUAUGAACUUUGUCUUAUUUAGUUACUGUUACAGCUGUAAAAUUUCAGGCAGAGCCAUAAAUAACAUUGUACAAAGUGUAGCACUUGUGAUUAAACCUUGCCUGUCAAAUUCUGAAGCCUUCAGCCAUUACUUCUGUGAAUACUUUUGCCCUGGGAUUUGGGUUUUUCUGUUCCGGUGUUGUGUCUGUUGCCGGCAAUGGACACACCAUAUCUGCUGCUGGCCCAAGGAACUUUGUUAAUUUUUCUUUCCAAAUUAAGCAUUAUAUGUGCUAGUCAGUGUAUAGUAAAGCACUUCUCUUUUUUAUUAUUAAAAAGCUGGCAUUAGACUUGCAUUAUAAAUACCUCUCUAGAAACUUUAUACUCCUUCUUUUCCUUUCAACAGGUGUUGCCCUUAAAUCUUAUCUUUUGGCCUUGAAAGUUUAUAGCUGUUGUUUUCAUUUGUUGGUUCUUUUGUUUGUUUUGUUUUGUUUCACUUUAGUUGUGUAGUACCUGCCCAUUAAUAUUUUUGCUUUGAUUCUAGCAAUGUAUAUGUAUCUGUAUAAAAAAAUAAAAUAAUGAAAGCAGCCUAAAAAUAGGAUGCACCAAUA